CAAACGCUCUCGCACAUGUGGCGGAUAUAGGCUCUAAGUCCACCAACGCUAACCAAUUCUUUUUUUUUUGACUUGAGAGACGAGCGCGCCGAGAGACCAAAAAGUAUUUUUAUUGCAACACAGAGUUUGUGUAGAAUUGAAUGAAAGUAGGACAGCAUCAGUGACUUGUUUAUACGGUGUUUCUUUUUAGAGCCCUCAGAAAAAUGCAUAGAGCACGGAGUGCACUGAAUUGUAUGCUGAUCCCCAGCGGACAGCAAUCUUUCGCAUCAUGGCUGAAUUGCAGUGCCUCAAAAUCGAGAAUUGCCAGCGAAUUACUUCCUGCCUCAUCGCUGAGACAGUACAAUUCCGCUGCGGCGGAGCCCUUCCUCAAUGGCUCCAGCUCAAACUACGUGGAGGACAUGUACAAUGCCUGGCUGCGAGACCCGGCGUCAGUGCACGCGUCUUGGGAUGCGUACUUCAGAAACAACUCAUACACCGCGCCACCAUCAUUGGCGCCGGUUCCCAAGGGACAUGUGGCUCUGUCUGAGAUCCGUGGACUCCCAGCGGGCAUUGGCUCUGCCAUGUCGUCUGAUGAGAAGGUGAUUGACGAUCAUCUGGCCGUGCAGGCCAUCAUUCGGAGUUAUCAGUCACGUGGUCAUUUGAUGGCUGAUUUGGAUCCGCUCGGAAUAUUGAAUUCUGAGCUUAAAGUUGGUCCGGAUGGAGUGAAGCGACGUGCUAAUGAGCAAGUGACGAGAAAAUAUAUGAAUUUUGGUGAACACGAUAUGGAGAGGGUGUUUAAACUCCCAAGCACCACUUUUAUUGGCGGAAAGGAGAAAUAUCUGUCAUUGAGAGAGAUUCUCGAUCGUCUGGAGCAUGUUUACUGCAACAAGAUUGGCGUGGAAUUCAUGUUCAUCAACUCACUGGAACAGUGCAACUGGAUUCGACAGAAGUUUGAGACGCCGGAAAUAAUGAAGUUCACCAAUGAUGAGAAGCGUCUGAUUUUGGCACGAUUGAGUCGUGCGGCUGGCUUUGAGAACUUCUUGGCGAAGAAAUUCUCGUCGGAGAAGAGAUUUGGUCUCGAGGGUGCCGAAAUAAUGAUUCCAGCCAUGAAGCAGGUGAUUGAUGUGUCAACACGACUUGGUGUUGAAUCAAUUAUCAUGGGAAUGCCACAUCGUGGACGUCUCAAUGUGCUGGCCAAUGUCUGUCGCAAGCCACUGCAUCAGAUUCUGACACAAUUUGCCGGUCUCGAGGCUGCUGAUGAUGGAUCAGGUGACGUGAAGUAUCACUUGGGCACGUACAUUGAGCGUCUGAAUCGUGUGACGAACAAGAACAUUCGCUUGGCUGUUGUUGCCAAUCCGUCUCAUCUGGAGUGUGUGAAUCCUGUUGUGCAGGGCAAGACGCGAGCUGAGCAGUUCUACCGUGGCGAUGGCGAGGGCAAGAAGGUGAUGUCGAUCCUCGUGCACGGCGAUGCUGCAUUCUGUGGUCAGGGUGUUGUCUUUGAGACGUUCCACUUGGCCGAUUUGCCCGAUUACACAACUCACGGCACUAUUCAUAUCGUGGUGAAUAAUCAGAUUGGCUUCACAACGGAUCCGCGUCGAUCACGUUCGUCGCCGUACUGCACAGAUGUGGCGCGUGUGGUGAAUGCGCCCAUCUUCCACGUGAACGCCGAUGACCCUGAGGCCGUGAUGCACGUGUGCAAUGUGGCGGCGGAGUGGCGUGCGACAUACCACAAGGAUGUGGUGAUUGAUCUGGUGUGCUAUCGUCGCAAUGGACACAAUGAGAUUGACGAGCCGAUGUUCACGCAGCCGCUCAUGUACCAGAAGAUCAGGCAGCUGAAGCCCAUCCUGGAGAUCUACUCCGACAGGCUGGUGACAGAAGGUGUGGUGUCGAAUGACGAAGUGAAGGCCGUCAAGGAUAAAUAUGAGAAGAUUUGUGAGGAGGCAUUCGAGCUGGCCAAGACGGAGACACACAUCAAGUACAAGGAUUGGCUGGAUUCACCGUGGUCGGGCUUCUUCGAGGGCAAGGACCCGCUGAAGGUGUGCCCCACGGGCGUUCACGAGGAGACACUCGUGCACAUUGGGAACCGCUUCUCCCAGCCGCCGCCCAAUGCGGCCGAAUUCACCAUUCACAAGGGUCUCAUGCGUAUUUUGGCGGCUCGCAAGGAGAUGGUGGACAAGCGCACCGUCGACUGGGCUCUGGGCGAGGCCAUGGCCUUCGGCUCGCUGCUGAAGGAGGGAAUUCACGUGCGUCUGUCGGGACAGGAUGUGGAGCGUGGCACAUUCUCCCAUCGUCACCAUGUGCUGCAUCACCAGCGCGUGGAUAAGGCCACCUACAGGCCCCUGUGCCACCUGUACCCCGACCAGGGACCCUACACCGUCUGCAACAGCUCCCUGUCUGAGUUCGCGGUGCUGGGCUUCGAGCACGGCUACUCGAUGACCAAUCCCAAUGCCCUGGUGAUGUGGGAGGGCCAGUUUGGUGAUUUCAUGAACACCGCCCAGUGCAUCAUUGACCAGUUCAUCUCGUGCGGCCAGGCGAAGUGGGUGCGACAGAGUGGACUGGUGAUGCUCCUGCCGCACGGCAUGGAAGGCAUGGGUCCGGAGCACUCGUCGGCGCGUCUUGAGCGCUUCUUGCAGCUCUCCUCUGACGAUCCCGACUACUUCCCACCCGAGUCUGAGGAGUUUGCCAUUCGGCAGCUGCACGACAUCAACUGGAUUGUGGCCAAUUGCUCAACGCCGGCCAAUUACUUCCACAUCAUGCGUCGGCAAAUUCACAUGCCCUUCCGCAAGCCACUGAUCCUCAUGACGCCCAAGUCGCUGCUGAGACAUCCGGAGUGCAAGAGCUCCUUUGACAUGAUGACCGGCAACACGGAGUUCCUGCGUCUCAUCCCGGAAGACGGUGAUGCCGCCAAUAAUGCCUCUGGCGUGAAGAAGGUCAUCUUCUGCAGUGGACGCGUCUACUAUGACUUGCUGAAGGCGCGACGUGAUAAGAAACUUGAAUCUGAUAUUGCUAUUGCUCGUGUUGAGCAGAUUUCUCCGUUCCCGUAUGAUCUGGUGAAGAAGGAGGCGGAAAAGUACAGCAACGCUGAGCUGGUUUGGACUCAGGAGGAGGCGAAGAAUCAGGGAGCCUGGUGCUAUGUUCAGCCGCGAUUCCACACGGCUCUCAAUGCAGCACGUGAAGUCAGUAGUCAUGAGGUAGGAAACCGAGAGAUUACUCCAGAUGCUGCUGCGUCCAGUGCUUCCGCUUCAUCAUCGUCUGCUACUACUGACCAAUCAAAUGAUGGUACAUGGUUGGGUCGUAUUUUUGGGCCGCAGAGCCCGAAAAAGCAUGCGAAUAUUAAUACCGACUUUUCACCAACGCAUAGUGAUUUUAAUAGGCCGUCUGACGGAUAUGCGGCCAAAGUGAAAAAAUCAUAUAAAACGACGACGAGAACGAUUAGCUACUGCGGUCGUCCAACUGCUGCUUCAACGGCCACUGGAUCGAAGGCACAGCACAACAAGGAGUUGGCUCACUUCCUGGAGGACGCGAUGGCGCUUUAAGUGGCGAGAGAAAGGAGAAAUUUGAUGUCUUAAGGAAAAUUAUUAAUUUAUUUCAAUUGAAUACCAGAUAUAAAUCAAACCUGAUAGAUAAAAUGAAGAAGAGAGAAACACUGUAUUUUGUCAUAUAACACAGAUGAUGAUGAUGAGGAAUUUUAAAAGUAAUUUAUUUUAUUAUCAUGUAUUGAGAAAUAUUUUCUUUCUGUUUAUCUUAAAAAAAAACAAUCAACAAUGAAAGAAGAAAUCUUGAUAUGAAGAAAAUAUGUAGAAAUCGCUGCUGAUGAGAACAAACUAUCGAAUUACGAAUAUUUAGGAUGUGUGAUGUCUUUAGUUUUGUUCGAUGUGUAAUUUUCUUUAGAUUGAUGCAAACAUAAAAAAAAGAGAUAAAAUUAUGAUAUGAACUAAGAAAAAAAAAGAAAUGUAGGAAAAAAUGUUAUGAAUUCGUAGAUUUAUUUUCUUUUUGCCUUUUGAUGUGGCCAGAAUUCUAUACAAGGAUGAGGAAAGGAAAAGAAGAAAUCUUUUUGACUAUAUAUUUAUUCAAGUGAUACAGGUGAGAGAGAGGGCGGUUGGGGGUGGAAAUUCACUGAGAGAGGGCAAGAGAACCAUUGCAGAGAGUGUUUUGUUGAAUGGGUGCUAGAGAGACAGUGGAAUUUUUCAGGUGGACUGAAUGGAAUCCGCAUGGAAUACAAAGAGGAAGAAGAAAGAAAAAAUGUCAGUAUUGAAGAAACUUUCGCAUCUGUUAACCAAAAAAAAAAGAAGAAGAGAUAAAAGGAAAUGAAAGAUGAUUAUAAAUGAUUGCUUUUAAGACACUUUAUAAACUAACAAGUAGAAGUUAUAGAGGACAAACUACCACUCAGAGGAAUGUUACUACAAAGUGCUUAAAAGCGUGAUAUUACCACAAAUGAUUCUUUAAUGUUUGUAGAGAAAACAAAAAUUGCACCUUCUUCACCUCUUUAAUGAUAACUGAGAUAAUAUAUAUAAAAGUAAAGAAAAAUAACUUAUGAAAUGAUGUUACUGAUGUGCAUGAUUUCUCUCGUGACGCGCACCAAUUUGUGAACCCCUUUUAAAUGUAUUUUUGGGAAUCUUGACGUUGAAAAAAAAAGAAUGUUCUACACUUGACUCAAUCGGAUUUAUUAGUGUUAUUAUUUUAGGAGGAAGAUUCAUCAUUUAUUUAUUUCUAAUUGAUAUUUCAAUUUAAGACGCAAAAUAAAGAACAUCAACAUCAAAAACUUUA